AUGGUGCGCAUCGAGGAAGUCCAAGACGAAUCGGAGAAGAUCAGGCAGCAAGAUCUUGAUCUUUCCAAUGACAACGAGGAUGAUGAAUGGGAAGCAACUGAUGCUGAGACGGAUGACGAUCUUUCGGAUGACGAUGACGUGGAAGAGCGAGCACUAGUGUUGGCAAAUGAAUCUAUUUGGGAUCGUAUUGCUGCACUUAAAGAUAUCCUUUCUCCAUCAACCCGCGCGAACAUUGCGAAGGUUUGGAAGACGGGAUCUGCAUAUGGUUUUCUUGGUGGCUGGGUGGCCGGUAAGCUGAUUUGGGUCGGCGUUACUUCUGCUCUGCUAGUGGGCUUGCCAUUUGCACUCGCUGUAGAAGACGAGAGCCGCUUCGCUGCCCAAGAAAAGGAGAUUGUGGCUCAGCAAACUGGUGCUAAUACAGGUGCCAGUCCCUUAGCGCCACCUGCAGGGACCAGUGGACAGACGCAGGGUCUGCGCCCACCGGGCUUUUAG